AUGGAAGCGACACCAUCCAGAUGCCUGUUCCUAUUAUUUCUCUUCACUUGCAUGCUGUCCCCAGAUGUUGCUGCAGAAAUUCAAGAAUCCUCAGAUGGUUCCAGUGCCUCCCAGGAACCUGUGCGGCUCACAGGUGUCCCCACUGCCAUGGAAUUCAUUGCUGCUGCUGAGGUGGUUGUCAUAGGCUUCUUCCAGGAUUUAGACAUUCCAGCAGUGCCCGUAUUCCGUGGUGUGGUGAAAAAAUUCCAAGACGUGUCAUUUGGAAUCAGCACUGAUUCUGAGGUUCUGGCCCACUACAACAUCACUGAGAACACCAUUUCUCUCUUUCGUCUGGUGGAUAAUGAACAACUGAUUUUAGGGAGUGAAGAUGUUGAAAGCAUUGACGACACCAGAUUAAGCCGUUUCAUUGAGAUCAACAGUCUCCAUUUUGUGACAGAGUACAACCCUGUGACUGUGAUUGGUCUAUUUAAUAGCAUGGUUCAGAUUCAUCUUCUCCUGAUUAUGGACAAGGCCUCCCCAGAGUAUGAAGAAAGCAUGCACAGAUACCACAAGGCUGCUAGGCUCUUCCAAGGGAAGAUACUUUUUAUUCUGGUGGACAGUGGUGUGAAGGAAAAUGGGAAGGUGAUAUCCUUUUUCAAACUAAAUAAGUCUGAACUGCCAGCUUUGGCAAUUUACCGGACUCUAGAUGAGGAGUGGGAUACAUUGAAAGUGGCAGAAGUUUCAAUAGAACGCGUGCAAAACUUUUGUGAUGGAUUCCUAAAAGGGAAAAGGCUGAGUGAAAGUCACGACUCAGAAGAAAAGACUCAAAAGGUGGAACUCUGA